AUGGCAUACAACAAUUACCAACAAGCUCCCUUUUGGGAUUUUGUACGAUCGUUUGAUCAAAGCGGAGCAGGUGUUGACCACCCAGCUGCUGGUCAUCCCUUCGGUGCCUCUCCACAACCAUCUCAACCAUUUACUGGCUUCGACUUCGGUGGUCCAGGAUUUGGUCGAGGUGGAUGGGGCGGUCCAUGGGGCGGUCGUGGUGGACAUCGAGGACGACACGGUCAUCGAGGUGACGGGUCCCACGAGCGAAGACGAUCUCACGGAUCUAGAAGCCCAUCACCAAACGGCGAGCAUCCAGAAGGUGAGCACAGAGAAGCAAGAGAAGCAAGACAAGCCUCUCCCGGCAGACGUGGUCGUCGAGGCUGCGGUCGACAUGGUAGAGGAGGACACGAACACAGACGAGGGGGAUGGGGAGGUCAUGGCGGAAGAGGAAUGCCUCCAUUCGGUGGCUAUGGACCUGGAGGGUUCGAUAUGAAUGCUCUCAUGGCUUCGUUGUCUCAACAUCCAUUGGCACAGGCAUUCCGCAACUACGCUGAACAGGCAGGUGCAUUUGGAGCUGCCGGCCCACAACGAUCAGGAGAGGUUCUGGUUCCUGAAGAUACCAACAGCGAAGACAGCUUCGUGCCUCCAAUUGAUAUUUUCUCCACUGAGAGAGCAUACGUUCUUCAUGUUGCUCUCCCAGGUGCCCGCAAAGAAGACGUGGGAGUCAAUUGGGAUGAGGAGAAGGGAGUUUUGAACUUGGCAGGUGUGGUAUAUCGAAAGGGCGACGAGGCCUUCCUACAAACAUUGACCCAGGGCGAGAGAAAAGUUGGUAUGUUCGAUCGCACUGUCAAACUUCCUCCUGGAGAUGGGGAGAAGGAAGAGGUCGAUGGCGACAACAUCACUGCCAAGUUGGAGGAUGGAGUACUUGUCGUCACCGUCCCUAAAGCUGAGAAGGAAUGGACCGAGGUUAAGAGAGUUGAUAUCGAGGGAGUGUCAACGGAGAAGGUGCAUUAUGCUGGCGUUAGUGCGUUGGAUUGA